AUGCGUAAUCUUUUAUUCAUUCUCAUUGCACUCUGUGUGCUCUUUACUUACACUGCAUCUGCUGCUUCUCACACCAAGGGACACUCCAAGCAUAAGAGUGUCGCUCAUCAUCACAAUAAGCAUUCUCCCAAGAAACAUCAUACACCUGCCCAUCAUUCUACUGGAAAGAAGAAGAAGACUACCAAGAAAGUUACCAAGAAGACCUCCAAGAAGGGCUCCAAGAAAGGCUCCAAGAAAUCCACUACCAAGAAGACGCCUACCACUCAUGCUCACCAAAAGGCUUACCCUAAGCACAAGAUAGUUGCUUAUGUGCUUGACUGGGAUACCCCCAAGAACAUCGUAUGGAACAAGUUAGAUCACAUUGUCUAUGCCUUUGCUGAACCCAAUGUCAAGGGUGACCUCAAGAACUUUGAUGGCAACAACUUGAAGAAACUUGUUAAUGAAGCUCAUAAGCACAAUGUUGGUGUCAGUAUCAGUGUUGCUGGCUGGUCCGGAUCCAUCCACAUGAGUUCUCUCGUUGCUGAUGCUAACCGCGAAACCUUUGCUAGCAAAAUUGUUGCCUUAGUUGACAAGUAUAAUCUCGAUGGUGUCAACUUGGAUUGGGAAUUCCCCAAUAGCCCUGACAGCAUUGCUUGCAGUGAAAGAAACCCCAUGGAUACCGCCAACUAUCUUGCUCUCUUCCAAGCAUUGCGCAAGAAGCUUGAUGCAAAAUACCCCAAGAUCCACAAGGCUCUCACUGUUGCUGCUCCUGUUGGUCCCUUCAAUGAUGAAAAUGGCCGUGGUAUCAGACGCUUGGAUCCUGCCUGGGCCACCACUGUUGAUUACUUCUACCUCAUGUCCUAUGAAUAUAACGGUUCCUGGAACAGUGUUGCUGCUCCUAAUGCUGCCAUCCGUGGUUCUUCUCAUGGUUGGGGUGUUGAUACCACCGUUGGUUUCUGGGCCAACGCAGGUAUUCCCAAGAACAAGAUGCAUAUCGGUAUUACCUUCUACGGUAAGGCUCUCAAGACUGCUCAACCCAUCACCGAAACUUCUGGUAUGUAUGUCAAGCUUGACGGCCAUAUUCCUAUCCAAGGUGAUAAGCACGAUGAAUUGGCCGCCGAUCCUUGCCCUGGUGCUAAGCCUGGCUACACUGGUGAAUUCCAAUACAGAUCUAUCGUUGCUCAAGGUAUUCAACAAAACAAGAAUGGUUGGAAGUCCUACUGGGAUGAACAAUCUCAAACUCCCUAUGCCUUCCAUGCUGCUGACUCCAAGUUUUUGACCUUUGAAAACCCCAAGUCUAUCCAGGCCAAGAUGGAAUAUGCUAAGUCUGAAGGUCUUGCUGGUUGCAUGAUUUGGUCUCUUGAAAUGGAUGAUCCCAAGCACAGCCUGUUGAAUGCUGUCCAAAGCGCUAGACAUUAA